AUGAUGAACGUAUCGCCCAAGGUGUACUCCGUGGCACGUGUGUAUGCCGAUGUCAAUAAGCAUAAGUCCAGAGACUACUGGGAUUACGAAAGCCACACGAUCGAGUGGGGGAACAUCAAGAAUUACGAAAUAGUGUCCAAGAUCGGAAGGGGCAAGUACUCGGAGGUGUUUGAGGGAGUCAAUGUGAUCAAUGACGAGCCGUGUGUGAUUAAAGUGUUGAAACCGGUGAAGAUGAAGAAGAUCUAUAGGGAGGUGAAGAUCUUGAAGAACCUCACUGGCGGGCCCAAUGUGGUGGGGCUUUUAGAUAUCGUGAGGGACCAGAACCUGAAGAUCCCGGCCUUGGUGUUUGAGCUGGUGAAUAAUGUGGAUUUCAGGAUCUUGUAUAAUAAGUUUACCAUUGCCGAUAUUCAGUAUUACUUUUCCCAGCUCCUUAUUGCCUUGGACUACUCCCAUUCCAUGGGCAUCAUCCAUAGGGAUGUGAAACCGCAGAAUAUAAUGAUUGACCCACAGACAAAGACCUUGCGUCUUAUUGACUGGGGUCUUGCUGAGUUUUAUCACGCCGGUGUCGACUACAACGUCAGAGUGGCUUCCAGGUACCAUAAAGGCCCUGAGUUGCUUAUCAACUUGCAGCAAUAUGACUACUCCUUAGACCUUUGGUCUGUUGGUUGCAUGCUUGCUGCCAUCAUUUUCAAGAAGGAGCCCUUCUUUAGAGGCGAUUCCAACAACGAUCAGUUGGUGCAAAUCGCCAAGGUUUUGGGCACGAAACCUCUCAUGGCAUAUGUGAACAAGUACGGCAUCAAGUUGAGCGCUGAGUACGAUGGCAUUUUGGGUAACUACCCACGUAAGCCAUGGUCUGCGUUUGUUAACAGAGAUAACCAGCAUUUGGUGCUGAACGAGGUGGUUGACUUAAUUGACAAGUUGUUGACCUACGACCACCAGUUGCGCCCAACCGCCAAGGAAACCCUUGCUCAUCCCUUUUUCUCCAUCCAAGGGUAG